CCUGUCCACAUUAAAGAAGAGGAGACUGAACUGGAAGAAGGGGAGUCUAUUGAGUUGUUUAAGGAUUCAGAAAGCAUAUCCCGGCCAAAGAUAUUCCAUCACUGUACUGAGUGUGGGAAAAGCUUCAGUCGGUCAGCAAACCUAAAAUCACACCAGCGAAUUCACACUGGAGAGAAGCCGCAUCACUGUCUUGUAUGUGGGGAGAGUUUUAGUCAGUUAGGAACCCUAAAAAGACACCAGCGAACUCACACUGGAGAGAAGCCACAUCACUGUUCUGAAUGUGGAGAGAGCUUCAGUCAGUUAGGAAGUCUUAGAAGACACCAGCGAAUUCACACUAGAGAGAAGCCGCAUCACUGUUCUGAAUGUGGGAAGCGUUUCAGUCAUAUAGAAAGCCUAAAAAUACACCAGCGAAUACACACAGGAGAGAAGCCUUAUCUCUGUUCUGAAUGUGGGGAGAGUUUCAGUGUGUUAGCAAACCUAAACAUACACCAGCGAAUUCACACUGGAGAGAAGCCAUAUCACUGUACAGAAUGUGGGAAGAGAUUCAGUCAGCUAGGAAGCCUAAAAAUACACCGCCGAAUGCACACUGGAGAGAAACCGUAUCACUGUACUGAGUGUGGGGAGAGUUUCAGUGUGUCAGCAAACCUAAACAUACACCGGCGAAUUCACACUGGAGAGAAGCCGUAUCACUGUAAUGAAUGUAGGGAGAGUUUCAGUCAGUUAGGAAGCCUGAAAGUACACCAGCGAAUUCACACUGGAGAAUAGCCCUAUCACUGUAAUGAAUGUAGGAAGAUCUUCAGUCAGUUAGGAAGCCUAAAUAUACACCAGCAAAUUCACACUGGCGAGAAGCCGUAUCACUACAAAUUGUUGCAAGACAUUUUCUUUCACCAGUCAACUGAAAAAUCGUAAAUGCCAGUUUUUAAAAUGCAGUUGAAACUGAUAAAUCAGUAUUCUAAGCAGUAUUACAAUAGUCUUUGUUUUUGGUCCUUCCAUCCAGGUCUUUGUUUCAACCAGACUCAAUUAAUGAAUCAACCUUCUUAUAAAACAUUCAGGACCUCGGUGGAAGUGAGGGCCACUGCUCUAUACCAAUCAAAACUGAGUGUGGUGCUCCAGUGAAUAUUUUUUGUUUUUUAAGAAUUCCGUUUCUGUGCCAACCUA